UCUUGCCUUUGCUCGGUCUUCAGACCAUCUCAACAGCAUGACCAACGCGAGCUUACAAGCAGCUCUCAUCCGUCUGAGAACCUGCCUUCUCAGCGGAAUCGGCCAAGGCGUCACGACAGGUGCGCUAGUCUGUUCGGGUGACAAACAGAGCAGGCAUAUAUGCCACAAAGCGUUUCCUCUCAGUGAAUGAGGCCAAGAUGUAAACGCAAGGUACUUACGCAUCGCCUUUGGACAUGCGCACUUACUCAUCUAUUGCGCUCGACAGGCUGUAAACGCGAAAAGGAAAGCAAGUGCUCCUAUUACCGAAAAGAAAUUCACUUCACUUUCUCUACAGAUUCGGCCAAGAAUGCAGGGAGGCAAUCAGCCAGUCUGGCGCACGUACUUCAAGCCCUUUACGGAUUCGGCCAAGACUGCAAGGCGGCGUUUAGCCAGCUUGUCCACGCACUUCCUAGUGCGUUCUCUACGGAUUUGGUCAAGGAGGAAAGAUGGUCUCACAAUGACGUACACGUAAUACUCUAACGUUUCUGGCUGACAGAUAUUCUCACAUCGCCAUGUAAGCGGAUGCAGUCAAGCGAUUACGAUUGUUGAGGUGAGGGACGAUAGUGGCAUCGGCUACCGUUCAUGCGCUAGGACCGGGUCGUUCAAAUGCUGCCGAGCCUCCCCCUCCAUUGCUGGGGCGUGCGCGUGGGCUCGGCGGGCCGUUGAGGUGAGUGAAGAUGGUGGCAUCGGCUAAAAUUCAUGCGCUAGGACCGUCCAAUGCUGCCGAGCCUCCCGCUCCAUUGCUGGGGCGUGCGCGUGGGCUCGGCAGAUUGUUGAGGUGAGGGAAGAUGAUGGGGCGUGCGCGUGGGCUCAGCGGCCGAUGCGCGGAUAUCAGGGUUAAGCGCCGAUUCGGGACCGCCGACAAAAGGGUGCUUAAGCGUUGCUCGGCCCCAUUGGCGAGGCUGCAGCGCUCUAAAGUCGAGUUGCCCGCCUCGGCGCAUCUCGUAGGUAAGUGGCCCCCUCGGUCUCCCACGGCAAGCAUUGCAUAUGCGCAGGCUCCUUGAAGCGUUGCUGAGUGCUUCAUUGCUGAGGCAUGCACGUAUUCAUGGUUAAGCGCCGAUUCGGGGCCACCGACAAAAGAGUCUUUGAGCCUUGCUGGCCUUGCCCAUUGACGAGGCUGCAGUGUUUCAAGGUUGAGUGGCCCGCUUCGGCAUCCCGUAGCUGUUGCAAUUCUUGUAUGUGUUGGGUACUUGAACGUUACCAGAUCCUCCAUUUGGAUUGACUUGGCCCGAAUCGUCCUUUCGAUGUUGUGGACGGAGAUCCACAGAUUUUUCGAGAUACAUGACGUCGUUUAAGAUUUCACUAGGAAGAUCCGCUCAAGAGAUGUUGGCGUUAGAGAUCUGGGACGCGAUGACGUCGAUCACGAUCUCGCAAAAAAGAUGGACAGAAGAUAGACACAUUGUCGGAGACAUCCCGUACCCACUCCUAGGGAGGGUCUCGUAUACCUGCACCCUUUUCAUACCGCAGGGGUUGCGCAGAUACAUCUCGGAGGCUCGGAGGGGCAUCCCCUGUUCAUACCGCCAGUACCGUCAUCAUGUGCUCGAUCGCAUAAGCGUUACCGAACCAUGAGGUGCGUCAUAGGGCAGGUACUCUUGACGCGUUGGGUCCUCCACCACACGCGUACGCGUUCAAGGGGUCAACUGAACCCUACCGAGGUCCGCGCCUGGCGCCCGAUCAUUCAGUUGGGUGUGAUCUUCAGAUUUGGUUCUCCAGCUACCGUCAUGAGCGACCCUGGUUCAAUCAAUUCUGGAUGGCUGCAAUAAUUUCUGGGCGUUCCUGGGCGGUCGUUGCCAGGGUACGCCUAAUGUCGGAUCAGGGUGAUGUGCCAAAGUUACACGCUAUAAGGUUUGCUUG